GCACAAAUCGGACAAGAAGCUCAACAAGUUCGGGCUCUUGUCCACGCCCGCAUCGGAUGGAGCCAUUAGCUUGGGGAGUUGUCCCUUUGAAUAUCACUUCAUUCUCACCUAGCUCUCAGAAGGCUUUUUAGAUUCCAAAAAUGCCGCCGAUUUUGGAUCUCACGCUUCGGAAAUGGCGAGUUCGGAAUGCGGACGGAAAGAUUGACAUCCCAGCAAACGUGCCAGGAGAAAUCCACACGGAUUUGAUGCGAAGCGGGCACAUCCAGGGCGAUCCAUAUCAUCGAGAUGCAUACCAAACGCUUCGCUGGAUUGGCAUGGAGGACUGGACAUAUUCCACAGACUUCCCCAGCAACCUCUCUUCUCAACAUAUUUAUCUCGUCUUCGAUGGGCUUGACACCAUCGCCACCAUCUCGCUGAAUGGGAAAGUAGUUGGCAAAACGGAGAACCAAUUUCGGAGGUUCAUAUUUGACAUUCGGAGGUUGAUCCUCGAAGAUGCGGGCGCCAUCAAUACUUUAUCGGUGACCUUUGCGAGUGCUGCGAAAACUGCUACCACAACAGCAAAGGCGUACCCCUACCAAGUACCGGACGGCUUUGACCCAACUCAGAAUGGAGAGAGAAAUCGCAACUUUGUCCGGAAAGAGCAAUGUUCAUUCGGCUGGGACUGGGGACCGUGCUUUCUGCCAUGUGGAAUCUGGAAGUCCGCAAAACUUGUAUACCUCGAUCAAACCGCGUUAUGGAUCACCGACGCGGCCGUAGACAUUUUUCCGGCCGGAAAGGACUUUGGCAUCAAAGUGAAGGUGGAUUACCGGACGGCCUUGAGCGGAUCGACGAUUGUCGUGGAUGUGCAUGUCGAUGGAUUGGAGAACCUCGAACGUGUGGCGGAAACUCAGGACGCGGAUACUGUCGAAUUGCAUUACAAGGUUCCGGCAAGCGCUGUAACUCUCUGGUGGCCAGCAGGGUACGGCGCCCAGAAACUGUACGACCUGCGCAUCUCACUCAAAUCCUCAAACGGCAACACCGAAGACGAAGUCCACAAAAAGAUCGGGUUCAGAACCGUAGAGCUGGUGCAACAGCCCUACCCCUCUCAAGAAGGCCUCAGUUUCUACUUCCGCAUCAACUCUAUCCCCAUAUUCUCCAAAGGCACAAACUGGAUCCCCGCCGACGCCUUCGAAUCCCGCGUAACAACCACCCUCCUCCGACGCCUCCUCCAGAGCUGCGUCGAAGCCAACAUGAACAUGGUCCGAGUGUGGGGCGGGGGGAUUUACCAGCAGGACGCGUUUUAUGAGAUCUGUGAUGAGAUGGGGUUGAUGGUUUGGCAGGAGUUUAUGUUUGCCUGUGCAAUGUAUCCGGUUGAUAAGGCGUUUUUGGAGAAUGUGAGGGAGGAAGCGGGGUAUCAGGUCAGGAGGUUGAUGGCGCAUCCGUGUAUUGUACUUUGGAGUGGGAAUAAUGAGAAUGAGGAGGCGCUGAUUACAGGGUGGUAUGAACCGAUCAAGAAAAACAAGUUUGUGUAUACGAUCGAUUAUCACCGCCUGUACCACGAAACCAUCAUGCCGACCGUAAAGCAGAUCGACCCGACACGCCCAUUCAUCUCCAGUUCUCCAUACAACGGAAUCAUCUCAGAAGACCCCUUCACAGAACGCUUCCUAGCCGACAACGGCAACCCCGACGCAUUCGGUGACGUCCAUUACUACAAUUACAAGGACGACGGCACCGAUGUGAGUCGGAUGCGGAAGCCGCGGUUUGCUUCAGAGUAUGGAUUUCAAGCCCUUCCGUCGUUCGCUACAUUUCGGAAAGUGACGACCGAGGCCGACUGGCACCCGUUGUCGCCUUUGAUGGUUUUGAGAAAUCAUCAUCCGAAGGGACAGGAGGAGAUUAUCUUGCAGAUGGAUUACCACUUCAAACGCCCCUUCUCGGGCUCCGGCACCUCCGUCUCCGUCCUCGAAUUCGACCACUUCUGCUACCUCUCCCAAUGCGUCCAAGCAAUCUGCAUGAAAGCCCAAACAGAACACUACCGCCGCCUCACCAGUCUCCCCGCCAACUGCAUGGGCGCCCUGUACUGGCAAUGCAACGAUAUCUGGCAAGCCCCCACGUGGGCGGGGAUCGAAUAUGGGGGGACGUGGAAGAUGCUGCAUUUUUUUGCCAAGGAGUUUUUCGAGAGGGUGCUCGUGUCGGUUUAUGAGAAUACUGCGGAGAACGGAAGGGUUGAGGUUUGGGUGGUGAAUGAUUUAUUGGAGCGGGUGGAGGGGCGGUUGGUGGUGGAGUUCCGGCCGUGGAUGUCGACGACGGCGGAUGAGAUACACCGGAUCGAGAUGACGGUGAAAGUAGACCCGCAGAGCAGUUCCCGUGUCGCCGCAUACGCAAACGUCGAGGAUCUCAUCACAACCAUCGCACCCAAUUCCACCGCCGACUCCGGGUUCCUUCACUUCUCACUGACGCAUUACGAGACCUCAACAACCGCAGUCUACUUCCCCACCUCCUUCACCCACGUCACCCUCCCCAACCCCAACCUACGGUUCAGCGCCCCAGAGUGUAAAGCCCUCAGAAACGGGCUGGUGGAACUAUCCAUCACCGUGGACCACCCGGCCCCGUUCGUUUGGCUGGAGAUCGAGGAUGAGGAGGGUCGGUUUGAUAGGAACGGGUUUGUGGCGAUCCCUGGGAGGAAUGUCGUUAAUUUUAGGGCGUGGGAGGAGCUGAAGGGGGAUGUGGUAUGCGUGUCUGUGAGGAGUUUGUAUCAGGCGCAGGAGAAGAGGCCGCCGGUUUCUCUGGAGGUCUCAGUUACAACGGCGUAGACUUAAGCAAAUUCGGCAGGCGUAUAUUCGGCAUACCGCAAGGUUUUGUAAUAUAUUCGCGAACGAAGGUGGAAUGUAUAUACAUUGAGGAAGAUUCCAGAAAAAUGUUAUGCUAGAGCUA